GAGUGUGCGCACUGACCAUUGUCCGCGCCAAUCGGUGAUCCCCCCCGUUCCUGCGGGCUAGUGACAUCCACUAGACUAGAUGAUCCCCCAGCUGCCCCACCAUUUCCUUGCCACGUGCCGAUAACGCCCUUCUUUCGAUAUACCGGCUCUCCCAGAAUGAGAGAGAGAGUUUUUCGAAAGAGACCUUUUUAUAAUAUAGAACGUCAAGCACACAGAGAGAGAGUGAACACGAGAGAAGGGUUCGUUCGCAUCUCGCAUAUCUCGCCGGUGAACAAUUUUUCAAAUCCAUGUGUCGUGACAGUUAUUGUUUUUUGUGUGACGCUCCGAAAACAUGUGGCGGGAGAGUUUAAACAGUGCAACUAAUUCUUGGAGAAAGGUACAUUAUUGUCAACAGAGACACCGGCAAACCAAAGGGAUUUAUUACAAAAGUGAAAGUGACAGUAAACAGAAGUUUCAAGCUUGGAGAUGAUGAUGAUUGUGAUCGACAUUCAUUUACCUAGUCUAGGACAUUAGAGUCGAAGAAGAAACGGGGCCACCCGGAGAAGGUAGGCGAGAGCUAAAAAGUGGAAACUCGAGAAUGACGUCGACAGUGGUCCAGGAAGUGAGGCUGCCCGAUCCGGCAGAAUUGGACAGUGAUGGGUCGAGCAGUGAGGAUCGCGACGCCAGGAAACGACUUCUUGGCGAGGCAGAUUCUUCGGGUCCGAAAAAAAGACGAAAACAAUCGACUCCAGUGAGAUUUCCCACAUCAUUAAUGUUGGGCGAUCAUCCCGAGUCAGAGGAAGAGGUCGAGAAUGCGGAUCCAGAUGCGGAUGCAGUUUCGGAAGGUAAGCCGAAUUCGCCAGCGGCAGAAUCUCUUCAAGGUCAUCCAAGAAUAAAAGACGAAAAUUUAAAUACAGAAUUCCGCUGUCAGUAUUGUAGUCAAUCAUUCGAUGACAAAGCGAGUCUCGAUAUGCAUUUAGAAUGCGAGCACAAUCUUGUAGCGUCCCAAAUACAUUCCGAGAGUCAAUCACCACAUUCAAGAAGCAGUCAAAUUCAAAUGAAAAUAGAAACGAUCAAUCAAUUAGAUCAGUCCCUUAAUUUAGUUAAUGUCCCAAAUAUUGAAAUGAAAAAUUUAGCUUCCCCGUGGCUCGCAGAGCAGGUGCAAUCAUCACAAAAUCAACAACCAAACGAAGAAUGGUCAGCCUCAAUUCACAUGAUGCCAAAAUUACCAGCCUUACCAAAUUUCCCCGGAGGUCUACCUCAAUAUUUACCAUUACCUCCAGGUUUUCCACUAACGGAUUCUAGUCAGAUUCAUAGACCAAAUUUAGGCCCAGCGCCAAUGAGGAUUUUCAAUCCCGACGCAUAUUGUGAUCUUUGCCAUAAAGAAUUUUGCAAUAAAUAUUUUCUUAAAACGCACAAAGCAAAUAAACACGGGAUUUACGUCGAUUCACCAAAUCCAGUGUCAAUCGGCGAAAUUGGUGGAGCUCCUGUACCAAUUUACCCCAUUGGACAAAUGCCUCCACAAAUAGCAGGACAAUUACCAGUACAAUUGCCCGGAAACAGUGUCAAAUUGGAACCUGCUCUUAAACUAGAUAAUAAUGUUCCCGUACAAUCCCCAACAAUUCCAUGUGAUGUUUGUCAAAGAAUGUUUUUAACUGAAGAAUCCCUUAUGAAACACAAACAAACAGUUCACAGUGAUCCAGCAGAUCAGACGAAUCAAAUGCAAACAAUGGAUGAUGAACGAGAAGUACAGUAUCAAAGUCCAGGAGCGAUGGAGAUGCUCUUUAAACAAGAAUACGGACUCGAGCAGGAAGACAGUUCAUUCAUGCCACCGCCAAGGCAUCUUUCACCACAGGCCAUUCAGCAGGCAAAAGAAGCCAAUUUCAGCGUGGAACGUCUCCGGAAACUAGGAGUCCUAAAUCCGGACGCAUUCUGUGAAAUCUGCUGCAAAGAAUACUGUAACAAAUAUUUUCUACGUACACACAAAUUCAAGAGGCAUGGUAUCAUAAUCCAAGACGAGAAACCACCACUAAACCCCGGUUCAGCAGCCACUUGGCAUCAAGUGCAAACCAGUCCCCUAAACCUAAUCAUCAACGAAUCGGGAAACGGAUCCGAGUUCAGCGAUCGAUCGACUGACGACCACGAGUGCAACACAUGUGGCAUACGUUUCCAAACACUCGGCCUCUACGAAUCUCAUCGCCAACGAAUUCAUCCCACCGACGAAGAGACAUCAUCAAAAAAUGAAUUCGAAACCGACACUCUAGAUCAACGAUCAAUUUCAAAUAACGACUCCAUUUCGGAGGAUCUCCAAAAACUACAAACCAUGAUCCUCCAACUAAAUGGCAUCGAAAACAAAAUUUUCCCCUGCUUCGUUUGCGGUAAGGAAUGCGAUUCAAAAGCAACCCUAAAAAACCACAUGACGGAGCAUGGUAUCACAUCGGACGAGCCUAGUUCUCCAUCUCACAGUCGAGAAAAGUCCCUGACACCUCUUAGUACAACGACAUUCUGUACCCUCUGCGAAAAAGAAUAUCCCAAUCAGGAUGCUCUAAGAAAACAUAUAUCCGAAGACCACAAAUCAGUCUCAACUAGUGAUUUAAAUUCCCUCCCUCAGUUACCAUCGAUUUCAAUGCCCACAACACCAACCUCAUCCGUACCAACACCUGAACGCAAAUCCUCAUCACUAACCCCAACUUCCAGUUACUGCGAAAUUUGCAACAAAGAACUCUGCAACAAGUACUUCAUGAAGACCCACAUGCAACGAAUGCAUGGCAUCGAAAUCGAAAAUGGAGCACAGAUCGGUGGCGUGAUUUGCAACAUCUGCAACAAGGAACUCUGCUCCAAGUACUUUUUACGAGUCCACAAGCACAACACACACGGGAUUAUCGAAGAGGGCUCAAAUCUCUCCACAAACAGCAAACCCGAUGCAUUCGAAGCCACAAUUCCAGACGACUCAUCACUAAAACCAGAACAAUUAGGCGAUUUAAAUCAUCGCUAUUUCACUCAUUUCACCGAAGUCUGUCCCAUCUGUAACCGACGAUUUCGAAGCAUCAAAUGGCUCAAAGCUCACCUCCUGAGCGAUCACGGAAAACUCGGUGUCGACAAAUGGAAGGAACUCGAACAACAGUACCAAGCGUCUCACACGAAAAAUAAUCGCUUACCCGGUACCUCUCGCAUUCCCUCAACAAAUUCAAAUCUAAAAAUCCCCAACGGCUUCGAAUCGGCCCAAAACAAAGUCCCCGAUCUCUCCUCCCUCGGCAAUCAAGUUCUCUCCAAUCUAUUCGGCUCAUCAACCGAGGAUCAACAAUCCAAGAACUACAGAUGCUCCUAUUGUAACUUCACCACGACAGUUCUACCCUUUCUCUUCCUACACGAAAGAUCGCACACAAAUCCCCAGGAGAACAUUACCGAAAACGAGAGGAUCCUCCAGUGUCCUCUUUGUCCAAACAGUUUCUCUCAACCCGAUCACUUUCAUCAUCAUCUUUUAACUCGUCAUCAAUUCCCAAAUUUUCUCUCCCAACUACCCCCACCAAUAUUCAACUCCUUCAGUGACAAAAUUCUCGAAUCAAAAGAACCCUUCAUGGACAAAAUUAUCGAAUCAUCAAAAGACGAACCCGACGAACAAAAACAAAGUCCACGAAUCACAAACAACGAAAACGAUACAUCCCAAAAGAAACCCGACACUGCCGUCCAAGUGACACCACAAGGAGUCUAUAAAUGCGCUCAAUGUGGAUUUGCAACAGCAAAUUUAAAUCGAAUCAAAAAACACAUCAAGAAGGAUCACAAGGCAUUUGGCGAACCGACGGAAAGUGUCAUUUCAGAAUUGAGCAAAAUUCUCAAAGAGGUCGCGAAUAAGCACAAAGUUCCAGCAAGUUACGCAAUGCCUCAGGACAUGAACUCAAAUCCCGAGAAAACAAUAAUGCAACCAUUUUUAAUCGAAGAACAACAAUUUCUAUCAUCAGCGCAAGAUUGCAGUACAACUGGCGGCGAAGAAUCCGGAUCCAAACGUUUCGCUCCGGCCUUAGUCUACCUACCAGUUAAGGCUCGAGUCAGUGGUUCUCUCACGGCAUCAUUCACCUUAAGUCCCGCAUAAAAUCAACUUUUCUCAGGAAGAACAAUUUUCUCUUUUGCGCCAUAUGCCUAACAUCAAUUUUUUGGAAAAAAAAUUCUAAGAAAGAAAAUUGCACAUUUUUCUUUCAAGAUUUAGAAAAAAAAACGAUGGUCCAGAUUGCACCUCGUUAAAAUUAGAGCACACGGUAUUUGUUCCUAAAUUGCCAAUGAGAAUAUAGUAUUUUUUUAAGAAAACCCUCAUUCUGAUUAGUUUUUUUGAUCGUUUCUAUUUCAUUAACUCGGUAUACGUAUAAUUGUACAAAAAAAAAUAAAUAAAUCGAUCAUCCCUCGAUUAAAAACUAAUUGGCCCCGUAGAAAAAAAAAUUUAUUGUAAUACAUAUAUUCUAAUCGCGAUGUUAUAGUUGUAAAUAUAAAUUAUAAUUAAGAUUGAUUGAGUGAUCGAGACAAAGUUCCUAUUUUAAAUAUAACGUCGGGGCCCCUCUCUUCAGGGAAGAUCGACAAAUUUUCUUCUCUAAAAACCAAAUAAUUCCCCUUUCCUUUUUUUUCUAACGCAGAGAUAUUUCAUUUCUAUCAAUAUAUUAUAAUAAUAGUCGAACCUUAUUCAACUAAGCGCCAAUUUACAUAAUAAGACCAAGAUUUAUAUAAUUAAAAUAACAAGAAAAAAAUCUAAUAUAAAAACUAUAGAAUAUUUUUCGUACGGGAACAAUAGAGAUCGGAUAGAUUUUGCAAUAAAUACCAUUGUUAUCAAUAUAAAUACGACAUUAAAAAUAAUCCCGUCUUAUAAUAAUUACGAAGGAAAAAAAAGAAGAAGAAGAAAUACCGAUAAUAUUUAAGACUUAAAAUUUAGAGAAUAUCAAGGAGCAAAAACUAACAAACUCAGGGUGAACACAGUAUAACCCAGUAACAAAAGUACAAUAUUAUACACAGCCAACCCAUUAUUAAAUAUAAUCGAAAAAUAUAUUUGAAAUAUAUUUGAAAAAAUUGUAUGAUAUAAAAGUCCCAAGUUUUUUAUAAAAAAAAGAAAUGAUCUCCCUUUAAAAUAUUGACAUGAAAAUGACCAAAAAAUGAGAAUGUAAUAAAGAACGCUCUAUUAAUUUAGUAAUCUAGUCAAGCAAAAGCUAGUCUCUAGAGAAGAUAAAGAAAAAAACCUAAGAAAAACCAUAUUUAUCGACACGGGAAAAAAAUGGAUAUUGAAAAUUUAAAUAAAUAGUAAAAUUAUAAACAUAUUACAGGGAUGUAAAGAGAGGGUUUAAAUGUAUUAUCUAGAUUUUAACGCUUUAUAUUUGUACAAUUUCGUUUAACAUCUGAUGCACUAAUUAUAUAAUGUCUAGAAAAUUAACUGGAGCAUUUAAAAUAUUCAAGUAUUUCUCCCGUGCACGCACGCAACGAUCAACAUUUUAAUUAAUGUAAUUAAGUUAAAUGCGGUUUCUCUUUACACAAAAUAAAUUUAAUAUAAAUACUUUGUAUUUAUUUUUUUUUUUUAUUUUUAUGAUCCACAAAGUUCUGAACGUAGCGUAAAAAAUAAAUCUUACUUUCAAUCCACUAAAAAUAAAUUAGUACAAUUUUUGACUGAAUAAGUCUUGAGAGAAUGAUUUUAAGUACUAAAAUUUACUGCUUAGAAAAUAUGAGUAAACUAUAACUAUUACUCUAUUUUCAAAGUAAUACCAAAACUAUCAGCAACUUCUGCGCAUUUUUUAUGAUAAAUUUUAAUAUUUUCGAAGUAAAUUUUACAAUUUUUGGAAUAAAUUUUACUAAUUUUUAAAAAGAACUUCGAACACAGCAAUUUUUACUCUGAAAAUAAAAUCAAAACUAUCAGGAACUUCUGCACAUAACUGCUGGUAAAUUUUACUUUUUUAAAAGUAAAUUUUACUACAUUUGAAGUAAACUUUACUAAUUUUUACAAAAAA